GUUUUGACAUAAGACUUGUCACUUGUAUACACGUUGUUGCCUAUACUCUAAUGACAAACUCUUUUCAUUAAAAAAUCCUUUGCGAGGUUUCAAAAUGGGCCGAUACGCUCGCGAACCCGACAAUGCGGCGAAGUCUUGCAAAGCCAGAGGCUCUAACCUCAGAGUCCACUUCAAGAAUACGUGCGAGACCGCGAACGCCAUAAGGAAGAUGCCCCUCAAGCGGGCAGUGGCCUAUUUGAAGAACGUAGUCGUCCAAAAAGAGUGUAUUCCAUUCAGGAGGUUCAACGGAGGAGUAGGCCGUUGUGCCCAAGCCAAGCAAUUCGGCACCACACAGGGAAGGUGGCCCAAGAAGUCAGCCGAAUUCCUGUUACAGCUCCUCAGGAACGCCGAGAGCAACGCAGAUUACAGCGGGCUUGAUGUCGAUAGGCUAGUCGUAGAACACAUUCAAGUUAACCGAGCUGCUUGUUUGAGACGUCGUACGUACAGGGCUCACGGUAGGAUCAAUCCGUACAUGUCAUCGCCCUGUCACAUCGAACUCUGGUUAACCGAGGGAGAAUCGUCACCUGAGGCUCCUAAGAAGAGCAACAAAAAGAAGGCAACGGAGAAGAAGAGACCCAAGUCGUCCGUUGCUGCAGUAGCGCAUUGAUUUUUUUACGUUUUUGUUUUAAUUUUAGGACGCUACUAUAUUUAUUCUCAAAAAAACAUUUUGGGAUUAUAUGAAUAAAUAAUUAUUAUGAAGCGUG